GAAUAGUUUCACAAGGGUAAGCCUAUAGUAUUAUAAUGAUUUGUAGUAGUUCGACUGAUCAAUAGCCUUUUGUCCAAAUAAGGUGAAAAAUAUUUUAUUAACAUGGAUGUAGGGUCUAAGGACUAAGAUAGACGGUAGAAAGUGAGUACUUUUUUGUUUGGAUUUCAUACAGUACUCUGCGUGUUUGUCACUCACUUCUACUCACAUUUGAGUUCUUGAACAGAACCACUUCCAUCCAGUUAUUUUUACUUCAUAGCUAUCCAAGAUGAAGCUAAUCCUGAAAAUCUCCUUCACCUUCACACUGUUCUACACAGCAGACACACUACAGUGCUACACUUGUGAGUCUGAUGAGUGCAGUAAAACAACUUUAGAGAUGUGUUCUGGAGGAGAAGUGUGUUCCACUAUGACAACAGUAUUUGGUAAUUUAGUCACCAGAGUCUCUAAGGAAUGCACAACGAGAGAGGAAACCUGUGUGUUCAUGGAUGCAACAACAAAAAUAUCAAUCAGUGGUGGAUAUUCACACACCUCCAAUACCGGGUACUGCUGCAGCACGGACGGCUGUAACGAGAAUACUCUCCCUGUGCUCAGUGACAAGCCCAAUAAACUACAAUGUUACACCUGCAAGAGUAAAGAGGAUAAAGUCUGCAACACAAUUGUACAAUGUGUUGGAGUUGAAGACCACUGCUUCAAAUAUACAGUGCCCGCUGGUGAUGGAAGUAAUGAUGGACGACACCUGGGCUGUGCCUCCGCUGAUGUAUGCCACUGGCCCGAGACAUCCCCCUCUAUGCCUAACUUCAACUGUUGUAAAGGGAGUCUCUGUAACAAAGCCAUGGGGAUGAGUCUGAGCUCUCUCCCUCUUCUGCUGGGACUCCUCAUCAUCUCACUGGUCUAGUUAGUGGGAAGAUUCAUGGUAAUCCCAACCGUUGGUGUGAUAUCCACAAUAAAUCAAUGUGUCAGUACAUUGGUACAUCUAAGAAAUUUGAAAUAUAAGUAAUAUUAUUGUGUUUGGAUGUUAAUUUAUUCGCAAAAGAAAUGGAAAUUGUAGAAUUGUUUUAAAAUCUGGAGUCACUCAUAUCACUCUUUACUCUUUACUUGUACGUUACAUUACUGUAUAUUAUAAACUGGGUGAUACGAGCCCUGAAUGCUGUUUGGCUGACAGCCGUGGUAUGUCAGACCGUAUACCACGUGUAUGACAAAACAUGAAUUUUUACUACUCUAAUUACUUUGGUAACCCGACUAUAUUAUGCCUUUAUAUAAUUAAGCCAUAAGGCCCAAGGGGUUUGUGGUAUAUGGCCAAUAUACCACGGAUAAGGCCUGUAUCCAGGCACUCUGUGUUGCAUCGUGCUUAAGAACAGCCAUUAGCCAAUUUAUAUUGGCCAUAUACUACACCCCCUUGGGCCUUAUUGCUUAAUUAUAUAAUGGCAUAAUAUCACCACAAAACUAUGUUACAUACGGUACAGUGCAAAGAUCAAGGUUGCUCCCUCUCUCUCAUCAACUUCAAUUGUACUCUCUUCCUAAACAAAGGUCUUACACACAUCUGAAAGCAGUCAAGGAAAAGGAAAUAGAGAGAAGGACCACCAAACAUCUGAUGCUAAACCAAAGAAUGUUAACGAGGCCAUAAAUAUAUUUGUAUACCUUUUUACUAUGUUUGAUAUGAUGCCAUUAUCGGCUGAACGUAGCAGGGUAAAGUCAGGUCUGAUGGGGCAGAGAGUAAACAGAUUUAGGAGAUGGGUUUAUUCUCAGGUAUAUGAUCAUACCCUAUAUUUGAGCUUCUCUUAGUUUUUCCUGUACUGCUUUUUAGUUGAGGCUUGUAGCUAGCUGAGGGUUGUAAGAUGGCAGUGUGUACCCAUUUAUAUCAACAGUUAUUAUCAAUCGGUUAUUAUAUGCUUAAUGUGCUUUGGGACUAAUAAAAUAAAAGUAAAUAAUCCUUUA